UCAUGGCUCUAUCUUUGCCUUCCACAAUACUUAUUAUUUCUUUUUCUGUUUUUGUGCUCGCCGGAGAUGCAGUGCGAGACAUGCCGGAAAAAGUGCCGAUGAACAUAAUAUUGAGCAAUGAUACCAGACUUAAAGAUUAUGUUCAUGUAGCAACUUUAAGCCAUUACUGGACACAUUGGCAUGGUGUAUGUUUUGAAGACAACAUGGGUUAUUGGGGAGAAGCUGCACAUGAGCACAGCUGGGUCUGGAUUAUUCUUGAGACUCAUAAUCCAUACAAUUGGAAAUGUUCAGAUCAUUAUCAAUUUGCAGUAGAUCAUCAAGUCAUAAGGUCAGACUUUUUCUUUCGCUCUGGUUCGCAUUCGGAAUUAAUCCAUGUUUCAGACGAACUACGACAUAGAAUGCAUGAACACGGAAUCAAUGUAUACUUAUAUAAGUCGUCUGAGACUAAAGACAACAAAAGUAGACAUGACCUUUCGAUAUCGGUGGUGGCCGGAGACAAUACGAGUCAUACAGCAAACGGUACGGCAAGCUUAUUCGUCAGUUUUCUAUAAGCUAUUUAGAAAUAAAAGACUUUGUAAUAUUGCUCAAGUUCUUCAUUGUUGUUCAUUGUUGCCAAAAUA